ACAAGGAGGGUCCCGAGUGUCCCCCCACGGUGGUGGUGAAGGAGGAGCCGGCGCCGGAGCCGCCGCGGAGCUCUCCGGUGCCGCCGGGGCCGCGGGAGCGCGAGGAGCUGCGCCACAGCCCCGAGCCCUGCACCAAGAUGACGAUGAGGCUGCGCCGCAGCCACAGCAACAGCCAGUUCGUGGAUUCCUACGUGUGCCGCAUCUGCUCGCGGGGCGACGAGGACGACAAGCUGCUGCUGUGCGACGGCUGCGACGACAACUACCACAUCUUCUGCCUGCUGCCCCCCCUGCCCGAGAUCCCCAAGGGCAUCUGGCGCUGCCCCAAAUGCGUCAUGGCGGAGUGCAAGCGUCCCCCGGAAGCGUUUGGUUUCGAGCAGGCCACGCGGGAGUACACGCUGCAGAGCUUCGGGGAGAUGGCCGACGCCUUCAAGGCCGACUACUUCAACAUGCCCGUGCACAUGGUGCCCACGGAGCUGGUGGAGAAGGAGUUCUGGCGCCUGGUGAACAGCAUCGAGGAGGACGUGACGGUGGAGUACGGCGCCGACAUCCACUCCAAGGAGUUCGGCUCCGGCUUCCCCGUGCGCGACGGCAAGCGGCGCCUGUCCCCCGAGGAGGAGGAGUACGCGGGCAGCGGCUGGAACCUGAACGUGAUGCCGGUGCUGCAGCAGUCGGUGCUGUGCCACAUCAACGCCGACAUCUCGGGCAUGAAGGUGCCCUGGCUCUACGUGGGCAUGGUGUUCUCGGCCUUCUGCUGGCACAUCGAGGACCACUGGAGCUACUCCAUCAACUACCUCCACUGGGGCGAGCCCAAGACGUGGUACGGGGUCCCUUCGUUCGCGGCCGAGCACCUGGAGGAGGUGAUGAAGAAGCUGACGCCGGAGCUGUUCGAGAGCCAGCCCGACCUCCUGCACCAGCUCGUCACCCUCAUGAACCCCAACACGCUCAUGGCCCACGGCGUCCCCGUGGUGAGGACCAACCAAUGCGCCGGCGAGUUCGUCAUCACCUUCCCCCGCGCCUACCACAGCGGCUUCAACCAGGGCUACAACUUCGCCGAGGCCGUCAACUUCUGCACGGCCGACUGGCUCCCCGCAGGCAGGCAAUGCAUCGAGCACUACCGCCGCCUGCGCCGCUACUGCGUCUUCUCGCACGAGGAGCUGAUCUGCAAGAUGGCGGCGAGCCCCGAGAAGCUGGACCUGAACCUGGCGGCCGCCGUGCACAAGGAGAUGUUCGUGCUGGUGCAGGAGGAGAGGAAACUGCGCAAGGCCCUGCUGGAAAAGGGCAUCACGGAGGCGGAGCGCGAGGCCUUCGAGCUGCUGCCCGACGACGAGCGCCAGUGCGACAAGUGCAAGACGACGUGCUUCCUGUCGGCGCUGGCCUGCUACGACUGCCCCCAGGGCCUCGUCUGCCUCUACCACAUGGACGACCUCUGCAAGUGCCCCCGCAGCAAGCAGUACCUCAGGUACCGCUACACCCUGGACGAGCUCCCGGCCAUGCUGCACAAGCUCAAGGUGCGCGCCGAGUCCUUCGACACCUGGGCCAACAAGGUGCGCAUCGCCCUGGAGGUGGAGGACGGCCGCAAGCGCACGCUGGAGGAGCUGCGGGCGCUGGAGUCGGAGGCGCGGGAGCGCAAGUUCCCCGAGAACGAGCUGCUGCAUCGCCUCAAGGGCUGCCUGGGCCAGGCCGAGCGCUGCGUGUCCGAGGCGCUGGGGCUCAUCAGCUCCCAGGAGACCGGGGUCCCCGCGCCGGCGCUGACGCUGGAGGAGCUGCGGGCGUUCCUGGAGCAGAUGAACCAACUGCCCUGCGUCAUGCACCAGAUCGGGGACGUGCAGGCGCUGCUGGAGCGGGUGGAGGCGUUCCAGGCCGAGGCUCGCGCCGCUCUGGACGUUCCCCCGCCGGGCCCGGGCGCCCUGCAGGAGCUGCUGGAUCGCGGCGCCCGCCUGGGCGUGGAGGUGCCCGAGGGCCGGCGCCUGGAGCGGCAGCUGGCCCAGGCCGCCUGGCUGGAGGAGGUGACGGCCACCCUGCGGUCCCCCCGCGCCCGCGUCCCCCUGCCCGUCAUGCGCGGCCUGAUCCAGGCCGGCCGCACCGUGGCCCCCAGCCCCGCCGUGGACGUGGCCAUGGCCGAGCUGCAGGAGCUGCUGACCAUCGCCCAGCGCUGGGAGGAGAAGGCUCAGAUGUGCCUCGAGGCCAGGCAGAAGCACCCCCCGGCCACGCUGGCCGCCAUCAUCAAGGAGGCCGAGAACAUUCCGGCGCUGCUGCCCAACAUCCAGGCCCUGAAGGAGGCCCUGGCCAAAGCCCGCGCCUGGAUCGCCGACGUCGAGGAGAUCCAGAACGGUGACCACUACCCGUGCCUGGAUGACCUGGAGGGGCUGGUGGCCGUGGGCCGGGACCUGCCGGUGCGCCUGGAGGAGCUGCGGCAGCUGGAGGUGCAGGUCGGCACCGCGCACUCGUGGCGGGACAAAGCCUCCCGCACCUUCCUCAAGAAGAACUCCUGCUACACCCUGCUCGAGGUGUUGUGUCCCUGCGCCGACGCCGGCUCGGACAGCAGCAAGAGGCUCAAGUGGCGGCAGGAGCCGGGGUUGUACCGGCUGGACGCCGAGAGCUUGGGGCUGUCGGCGCAGGAUCUGCGGGAUCCCGGUGCUGUGAUCGUGGCGUUCAAGGAGGGCGAGCAGAAGGAGAAGGAGGGCAUGCUGCGUCUGCGCCACGCCAACUCUCAGAAAUCCGCUCCCCUCUGCCGGGCCCGGGCCCCCCCGUCCUGCGUCUGCGGGCAGCCGGCGGGGCCGGCCAUGCUGCAGUGCCAGCUCUGCCGGGACUGGUUCCACGGCUCCUGCGUCUCCUGGCCCCGCCUGGGCGCUCAGAAACCUUCGCCGGCCUGGUGGGAGUGGGACGCCAAGUUCCUGUGCCCGCUGUGCCAGCGCUCGCGGCGCCCGCGCCUCGAGACCAUCCUGGCCUUGCUGGUGGCCCUGCAGAAGCUGCCCGUGAGGCUGCCCGAGGGAGAGGCGCUGCAGUGCCUCACCGAGCGGGCCAUCACCUGGCAGGACCGAGCCCGGCAGCUCCUGGCGUCCCCGGACGUGGCCGGGCCCCUGGAGCGGCUGGCGGCGCUGCGGCACCGGCUGCACGGCGGCGACGGCGGCGACGGCGCCCUGCGCGAGGCCAGCUGCAACGAGCAGACCAAGGUGUCGGUGGAGAACGGGGACGCCCCCAGCCCGGAGAAGAACGGCCCCCUGCCCUCGGAGCUGGAGGCGCUGAGCGCGGCGCUGCUGGGGCUGGAACUCCCAGUGUCCUUGUGUGUCCCUGUGUGUCCCUGUGUGUCCCCGUGGUGUCCCCACGAUGUCCCCACCAUGUCCCCACAAUGUCCCUGUGUCCCUGCAGAGCUGGAGGCACUGAGCGUGGCGCUGCUGGAGCUGGAACCCCCCAUGUCCCUGUGUGUCCCCAUGUCCCCGUGGUGUCCCCACAAUGUCCCGGUGUCCCCGCAGAGCUGGAGGCGCUGAGCACGGUGCUGCUGG